UUUUAUAGCUAGAAAGUUUGGAAGGUGAAUUUCAACACUUACAAAAUGAAAUGUAUUUAAUGCAAAAUAAACAUUUCCUUGAAUGUGUGAAAUUAAAAAGUGACAUUAAGGAUUUUACACUUCCAGAAGAAUUAAAACAAAGACAAUCUAGUUUAAUUAUAAAUUUGGAGGUAGAAAAUGCAAAAUUAACAAGCAAAGUACACGAAUACCGUGAAAAAUAUAACAAACUUAAAGCAUAUAUAGAAGAAGUUAAAUCAAUGAUAACAAGUCAAAAUAUAAAAAAAGUAUUAGAAGAUAAUAUUGAUCUUUGUAAAACAAAAAAAACAUUACAAAAGCAAGUGAUAGAUUUGCAAAGCUAUGCUAAAGAAUUAAGUAAUAAAUUGAGUGAAAAAAUAAACAAUGAAUUUUUGUAAACUUAAUUCUUAAAUUUCAAAAAAAAAAUAUCACUUAUCUACAGUCUGCUACUACUAGCUCGUGGUAAAGACAAGCUAUUAAGACUUAUUAUCCUUGAGCUUGAAGAUGGCCUUCUUAAAAGUACAAUGAA